GCUCAGAUCAUGUUUUCGUAAGUUCGACGAACCCUAAUUUUUUUUUUAUUCCCUUUUUGAUUUUCCACAAUCCUUGAUGACCUUGUAAUUCUGCGAGUUUGAAAAUUAUAGAAGGAAUCGAUCAUCUUUGUUGAUUGGGAGUCAUGACUGGAGAUCUGCUCAAUAUUCAACCCAGUGAGCUCAAAUUCCCACUUGAACUGAGGAAGCAGAGUUCAUGUUCUAUGGUACUCACCAACAAAACAGAUAAAUAUGUGGCCUUUAAGGUUAAAACAACUAACCCCAAAAAGUACUGUGUCCGUCCAAACUCUGGUAUUGUGUUGCCGGGAUCAUCAUGCAAUGUUACAGUCACUAUGCAAGCACAAAAGGAGGCACCCCCUGAUAUGCAAUGCAAGGACAAAUUUCUCCUUCAGAGUGUUGUUGCACAAUAUGGGGUCACUGCAAAAGACAUAACACCAGAAAUGUUUAACAAGGAAGAAGGUAAAGUAAUGGAGGAGAUCAAAUUGCGGGUUGUUUACAUUCUUGCUAAUCCCCCCUCGCCUGUCCCUGAAGAAUCUGAAGAAGGGUCCUCUCCUAGGGCUUCUGUGCAUGAGAAUGGGAAUCGGAAUGCCUCGUUGCUCAGUGCUGUAUCAAGAUCCUUAGAGGAGCCUAAAGAGAAAUCUUCAGAGGCAUGGACUAUCAUCUCCAAGUUGACUGAGGAUAAAACUUCUGCUUUGCAACAAAAUCAGAAGCUACGCCAGGAAUUGGAGCUGAUGAGGAAAGAAGUUAGCAAAAAUCGUGUCAGUGGCUUCUCCUUACUGUUUGUUGUACUGGUUGGUCUAUUGGGUGCAGUGGUUGGUUAUUUCCUCAAGAGAAAAUAGAUGCUACUAUCCAAGCAGUCUUUGAUUUGUUUAUUUGGGGUGCUGGCAUCAAUUUGCUUGAACCCAGAUUUUUCAGAAAUCUUUAGGACCAACUCACCUUUUUUUAGUGUGCAAAAUUGUAGUCUUGAUAUGUUAUUUUGAUACUUCAGUCUUCAGUAAUUGAUAUGGCUUGUCUGAACAAUACCUCUUGUUUGUUUUUGUUUACAUAGAGUUUUCUGCAUGUAGACCUAGGAGUUUUUGUGAAUGAUCAAGAUUGUCCCUUCACCUCUC